GAUGAGAGAAGGAGAUAGCUUUUGUCUCGUAGAAAGCCAACUCCUUGUCCCAAAAAUCCUCCCCCUUUCCCCAAGCUUAUUCUCCUCCUCCUCCUCUCUCUUCUCCCCUCAUUCCCUUCUCUCUCCCCGCAGAACCGAGUCUCUUCCUCUUCCUUAAAAAAAAUACAAGGAGCAACAGAUAAAAGGAAGAAGAUUCUAUUCGUUCCCUCCCCCCUCCUCCCCUUCACCUCCUUCUAACCUCCGCACAAUCGAACAAAAAGAAGGCCACUCCAUUUCUUCUUUCACCCUGAUUGUCUGCAUCCUCUCUCUCAUUCCCUUCGCCUCCAAAUCUCUUACAAUUCCCUUCACAUUUCUGCUGGUAAAGUGGUACCUCCAAUUUGAUAUUCUCCUUUUGUGUGAAUUUCCCGGUAUAAAACAAAUAAACAGAGGAAGACCUGUUGGCUUUCUUUUACCUUUCCCGAACCUUUAUUUCUCCACAGCUUCCCUUCUUCUUCUUCUGUAUCAUUGUCUUCUUUCUAAUUCCUUGUCUGGAGGAAGAACAGAGGCUAAAUAAAAAGUUCACCUUUUUCUUGGUUUCCAAUGUGUGUAAGGUUUGAAAGUUGAGAUUUCCAUUCAUUAGAUUAGAAUUAGAAGGGGGAGAAAAGGAGAUUCGAGAUGAGGGCGGGACUGAGCACAAUCCAGCAGACGCUGACGCCGGAGGCGGCGAGCGUUCUAACGCAGUCGAUUAAGGAGGCGGCGCGGAGGAACCACGGGCAGACCACCCCCCUCCACGUGGCCGCCACCCUCCUCGCCGCCCCCUCAGGCCUCCUCCGCCAGGCCUGCGUCCGAUCCCAUCCCCACUCCUCCCACCCCCUCCAGUGCCGCGCCCUCGAGCUCUGCUUCUCCGUCGCCCUCGACCGCCUCCCCGCCUCCUCCUCUUCCUCCUCCAACCCCAACAAUCCCGCCACUAAUUCCACCAACUCCAAUCCCGCCACUAAUUCCACCACCUCCUCCUCCUCCUCCGGCGUCGCCGAGCCUCCCAUCUCCAACGCCCUCAUGGCCGCCCUCAAGCGCGCCCAGGCCAACCAGCGCCGUGGCUGCCCGGAGCAGCAGCAGCAGCCGCUUCUCGCCGUCAAGGUCGAGCUGGAGCAGCUCAUCGUUUCCAUCCUCGACGACCCCUCCGUCAGUCGCGUCAUGCGCGAGGCCAGCUUCUCCAGCACCGCUGUCAAGACCACCAUCGAGCAGUCCCUCGCCUCCUCCUCCGCCGCCGCCACCGCCCCUUCCACCCCCAGUUCUCCCUCCUCGGCUCUCGGCAUCAAUUUAGCCCACCGCGCCACCCCGCGGAACCUCUACAUCAACCCCCGCCUCCACCAGAGUCAAGCCAACACCGCCGCCGCCGGUGGCGGAGCUGACCCCCACCGCAGAGAGGAGGUGACCCGGGUGGUGGACAUACUGAUGAGAUCCAAGAAGAGAAACCCGGUCCUCGUCGGCGACUCCGACCCGGGCGCCGUCAUGCGAGAAGUACUGCAGAGGAUCGAGUCCGGCGACGCCCCGUCGCUCCUCCGGGCCGCCCAAAUCAUCUCCGUGGAGAAGGAAUUCGAACGGACCCAAAUUCCGUCAAGGAUCGGAGAAUUGGGUCGCUCGAUCGAGGCCCGGAUCGGUGGAGGCCACGGCAUCGUCCUCAAUCUCGGGGACCUAAAAUGGCUGGUGGAGAGCCCUGCCGGCCUCGGGGCUUCUUUAGGUCCAGCACCAGCUCAGCCACAGGCGAUCAUCUCGGAGAUGGGCCGGGCGGUGGUGGUGGAGAUGGGGAGGCUUUUGAAGAGCUUCGGCGAAAGUGGCCGGCUGUGGCUCGUCGGGACGGCGACGUGUGCCACCUACCUCCGGUGCCAAGUCUACCACCCGACGAUGGAGAACGACUGGGACCUCCAGGCUUUGCCGAUCGCCCCGAGGUCGCCGCACCCUAGUAUUUUCCCGAGGCUUGGAGGCAAUGGAAUCCUUAGCAGCUCGGUUGAGACUCUCGCCCCGAUGAAAGGUUUCACAGCAAUGGGCACUACAACCAUACCUUUAAGACAGCCGCCUGAAGGCGCCGACCAUUCCCAAUGGACAACCCUCUGCCCACCAUGCAUGCAGAAUUAUGAGCGUGAAGUGGCCAAGCUUGCUCCAGAGGAGUCCGAGAAAUCAUCUUCCAAACCAGAAGCUCAUCAGGCAUUGCCUCAAUGGCUCCAGCUUGCGAAGCUGGGCAAUGGAGACUGUGCUAAUUCCACAGCUGCCUACUUUCAGUCGAAGGAACAAGAGUCCGUGCGGAAGCCGAGCCCAGAAGAGCUGCUGAAGAAGUGGCGCGACACAUGCUCCCGCCUCCACCCCAAAUUCCAACCGAUGCUCCUCAGCUUUGAAAGGCCUCAAGCUCCAGCCCUUCGAAUGCCCGUCUUGGGCAAUUCAACCAUGGUUAAUCCUCGCCCACCAUUUGAACCCAAAUUAACACUCGCUCACAGCCCUCCCCCUCUUCAAAUGAAUAGCAGUCAGCGCAACACUACACCUACCUCAUCGCCGGAGCAGCCUUUUUGCCCUCCAGGAAGCCCGGUAAAGACCGAUCUUGUUCUUGGGCAUUCAAAGGACUCUAAGGAUAAUUCCUUGGAAAAGACUCAUAAAGAGCGCAUGAAGGACCUAGCUGGGUGCAUGCAGGAUGGAUUUUCGGAGCAACAGAGAGCUAAAACUGCUGGUAUUUCUGACAUAGACUCCUUCAAGAGGCUCUCCAAGGGACUCACCGAGAGGGUCGGUUGGCAGCCAGAGGCAGCCUCCACCGUAGCCACUGUCGUGAUGCAGUGCAAGUCUGGCAAUGGGAAGCAGCGGAGCUUUCGGCCAAAGAGCGACACUUGGCUUCUUUUCAUCGGCCCUGAUAAGGUUGGGAAGUCGAAGAUGGCGACCGCCCUGUCCGAGCUGGUGUUUGGCACCGGCCCGGUGACUGUAAAUUUUGGUGGCAUCCCACAAACGGAUGGCAAUGAUGGAGAGUCCAAGACUAAUUUCCGAGGGAGGACCUCCCUGGACCGGGUGGUAGAGGCCAUCCGCCGGAACCCCUUUUCAGUGGUUGUGCUCGAGGACAUCGAUCGAGCAGAUGGGCUUGUCCAGGGGAGCAUCAAGCAUGCAAUCGAAAGGGGCCGACUGCCCGACUCCUAUGGCCGGGAGGUCAGCUUGGGGAGCGUCAUAUUUAUCCUUACUGCUGAUUGGUUGCCGGAGGAGCUGAGGGCCUCCACUGACUCCAUUGUGCAGUGCGAGCAGAAAAUAUUGGACUCAGCCAAUUGUGGGUGGCAAUUGGAGCUCUCCAUCGAGGACAGUCCGGCCAAGCGUCGAGCAGAUUGGCGACACGAUGAUGAUCGAACUGUGAAGCCAAGAAAGGAGUUGUCCAGUGGGACAGGCCUAUCACUCGAUUUAAAUCUGGCGGCAGGGGUGGAUGAUGAUGUCGAGGAAGGCUCACGGAACUCCAGUGACCUCACUGUGGAGCACGAGCUCGGGAAGAGAAGGUUGGCAAUCAAGUGUUCGACCUCAUCGGCAGCCUCUGAGCUAAUGGAGUUGGUGGAUGAUGCGGUAGUGUUUAAGCCUGUGGACUUCGGCCCGCUGCGGAGGAAGGUCUCGGAGUCCGUAUCAGCCAAAUUUGCCACAGUAAUGGGUGGCGGACGGUCGAUACGGAUUGACGAACAUACACUCGAUUGGAUGGUCGGAAGCCUAUGGCUCGCCGGAGCCACCAGUUCCGGCGGAUUCGAGGACUGGGUGGAAAGGGUGUUGGUCCCCAGCAUUGAGCAAUUGAAGGGUAAUUUGAAGGUCGAUGAUGGAAUGGCAGUCGUCAGGCUUUCUACGGUGAAAGGUGGGCAGCCACGGAGGAGCAGCAGUGGUAACUGGCUUCCGGGGACCGUGGCCAUUGCCAUAGAUGGUCGCUAGGGAAAUGGUGGGCGUUUUCACAUUGGUUAAGGGUAUAUAUGUAAAUAUAAUUACAUCCUCUUUUUUUUUUUUUUUUUCCGCUGGACGUUCUCGCCUUUCUUGGGUUGUUAGUGUCGGGGAAGAAUCUUAACUACCAAUAUGUCCGGAGACUGGAGGUGAGAGGCUUAGCGCUCAUAUAAUUCGUAAUUUUGAGGAUAAUUACUUAUAAGUUCUUUAGAAUAUUAUUUUAUUUAUUUUAUUGGAGAUUUUAUUGUCUCAAUGUUAUUUCAAACAUUUUUUCUUUGUACCGCAUUGGAUUUAGCUAAGAUGCUCCAGCGAGAUGAGGUCAUUUAGGUGGGUACGUUCUUUUUUACGUCUGAGGUUUACUUUUCUGCCGGUAAAGAAAGCUUGAGUCCUUAUUUGAGCAUCCGUUUGUGACGUUGACGGUUUCCGAGAGAAGCAUGUUAAUUAAGAUGGUCAGGUUGGAAAUUUGAAAUUUUUCAGAAUUCAGACAUAGUUUUCAUUCAAAUUGUUGAUAAGGUCUUUUUACUUGCUUCAAAAUUCAUGAAAUCUUUGUUGGAUGGCGUGAUAGGUAAUCCAUGACUCUCCGGAAUGCUAGUGACCCUAGUAGUCCUCUUCCUAUUCAAAUUGGUUGGAUAUCCCCUCUCCAAGGAUUGCUUAAGAUUAAUUUUGAUGGCUUUUUAAGAGAAACGAAUGGUGGUGCAGAUUUUGUUAUUCUUGAUUAUUUUGGGAGGCCGAUUUUAGCAGGUUCGAGGAUCUUCACAAUUGAUUCUGUUCCACAAAUGGAACUUAGAGCUGCUUGGGAAGGACUCACAAAUGCUAUUUUUAAGUUGAAUUAUAAAAAGAUUCUUUUGAAGGGCGACCCACUGUUAUUUUUUAAAUUCUGAAUAUUUAUCCUUCUACUAGAUGUCCAUCAUGUGAUAAUUGUCUUUGCUUUUGGUUCAUCCAUUGAUUUGCAUGUGAAUUUUGCAAUUCCUCAAAAGUUACUGUACUUCUUCUUUUUACUCCAAAAAUAAUAAUAAUGCUUAUUUAAGUG